AUGGCACCGCGCUGCUUCAUUGUCCGACAUGGCGAGACAGAAUGGUCGCUGAAUGGUCGGCACACCGGCACAACAGAUCUACCUCUUACAGCGAAUGGCGAGAAGCGCAUCAAAGCAACGGGAAAAGCGCUUGUGGGCAAUGAUCGAUUGGUUGUGCCGAAGAACCUUGUUCAUGUAUACGUUUCUCCCCGGCAUCGUGCUCAAAGAACCCUGGAGCUCUUGGAAAUCGGCUGUCGCGAACGACUUCCCUGGAAUGCGGAGCGAAAAGCGGAAAACGAAGAGCCAAUUCGAACAGAGGCCAGUGUAGAGAUCACGGAAUCGAUCCGGGAAUGGGAUUAUGGUGAUUAUGAGGGCUUGACUAGUAAGCAAAUCAAGUCGAUCCGAGCGGAGACAGGACAAGGACCCUGGAACAUUUGGGAAGAUGGAUGUCCGGGAGGAGAAUCCCCCGAAGAUGUUAUGCAUCGUCUCGACGCCUUGAUUGCCGAUAUCAGAGGAAAGUACCAGCGUGAAUGCUUUGAGAACCCCGAUUCCCCCAAGGGCGAUGUCCUUGUCGUCGCGCAUGGACAUAUUCUUCGCGCUUUUGCGAUGCGUUGGGUUGGCAAGCCAUUGACGGAGACUUCUUUCAUCCUUGAAGCUGGUAGCGUGGGUACAUUGAGCUAUGAGCACAAUAACAUCAACGAGCCGGCAAUCAUGCUUGGUGGACAGUUUGUGGUCGAAGAAUAA